AUUUGUACGAAUGGGCAAUUGUAAUGUGUUGGAUAAAAAAGAAGAAUUUUAAGAAGCAAUGUAAUCAAUAAGAAAUUAUGAAAUCUUAGAUAUACUUGGUAAAGGAGGAUUUGGAAAAGUCAUAAGAGUAAGGCGAAAAAAGAAUAAUCAACUUUAUGCUAUGAAAAUAAUGUCAAAAGCAAAAAUCGUUGAGAAAAAAUGCGUAUCAUCAGUAUUAAAUGAAAAGAAUUUGUUAAAGUAAUUGCAUCAUCCUUUUAUUGUGAAUAUGCAUUCCGCAUUUUAAGAUAGGGAAAAUUUAUAUUUAGUCCUUGAUCUCCUUAGUGGAGGCGAUUUGAGAUAUCAUCUAUUUAAAAAUAAAAGGUUUUCAGAAGAAGAAGCAUAGUUUUUUGCUGCUUGUAUAAUUGUAAGUCUAGAAUAUCUCCAUCAAAAUGGGAUUCUUCAUAGGGAUCUCAAGCCUGAAAACUUGGUUUUUGAUGAACAGGGAUAUCUUCGGUUAACAGAUAUGGGAAUUGCAAGAGUUUGGAGACCAGAUAAUGCUUCAGAUACAAGUGGAACUCCAGGGUAUAUGGCACCAGAAGUGAUGUGCAAAUUAAAACAUGGUAUUGCGGUUGAUUUUUUCGCUUUGGGUGUUAUUCUUUAUGAAUGUAUGCUUGGAAAAAGGCCUUAUGUUGGGAAAACUAGACAAGAGAUUAGGGAUUAAAUCCUAUCCAAACAAAUACAAAUCAAAAGAUCAUAAUUACCUGUUGCUUGGUCAAUCGAGGCUGGAGAUUUUAUAAAUUAACUCAUCUAAAGAAAACCUGAAAAUAGACUAGGAACAGACAAUCCUUCAGAUGUUAAGAACCAUCCAUGGUUUAGUGCUUUUGAUUGGGAAAUGUUGCUUAAGAAAAAGUAUAAUCCACCCUAUUACCCAAAAAAGUUCAAAGGGUAUGAAGGAUCACUAGAGGAUACAAUGGAGGAUGAAAAUGACAAGAAAUUCAUAUUACUCAGAAAUAACACUCUAUGUGAAUAAUUCAACGAGUAUCGUUAUAAUCCUGAAGAUUGUAUCAAGAAGUGA